AGCACGUGUGGACAGCACGCCUUGCGCAAUUUCGUCCACUUUCACGGCAUUCACUUAGAUCUUUUUUUUGUUUGCUUUAAAGAAGCUAACUCCCACGCAUAAAUCCCGCACUCUUCUUAUUGUAACUGAUUGCUGUUAUCAUUAAUUGCCCUUUAUUUAUUUAUUUUGCAACCAUAGAAAGGCCAUUGGUGACGUGUACAUUUGGGAGAAGGAAACGCAGCGGACCUUUGUAUCUUCCGCAAGCACGACACACACACACACGCACAUAUAUCUAAUUCGCAAAUCCGCGCGUUCGCGCACUCUCACUGACAUAAGAUGUUUGCCCACUCCCGUCUCCACUUUCCACGCGCUGCUGUAGCGUACUUCAACAUGAAACACUUCCAAGUCAAGUACAAAGCCAACAUGAACCCUGGAAACGCCUACGCAACGCUGACGACGUCUCUCAUGCCACAUGACCGCCUCCUGCGGCAUUCCUCGUCGGGGCGUGGCGCCGGCCGCGUUCUCGUCUUGGACAACAAGCAGAAGGUGAAGGGUGUGUACAUCCCGGUGUGCUGCCUGCCGCACCCAUCGGCCGUCACCGGCGACGGCAACUCACUCGGUGUUUCCGUGGAGAAUUACUUGAAAGUGAUUGAGCCUCUCGCUCACCUCUCGGACACGAACGACCGCACGACGGCGGUGGACAAAAGUACUCCCAUGCCGACAGUGCUGGUGGUCGUCGGGCACCCGCAGGGAGUUGCCUACGGCUCCUUCUACGCGGACGGCAGACCAGCCCUCCCACUCGUCAACACCGACCUCAACUACGUGGAACUGACGCCCGUCACGAAGGAGGGGGAGGAUGAUAACUUUGGCUGCGCCCGGAAGAGACAGGUGUACCGAAGUCGAGAUUUCCUCAUGUCGGUCAUGGGCGAACUCCAAUCCAUGUGGGACAAGGACGGGGAGGCCCUUUCGCGUUGCUCCACCUUUUAUUGGAUCACCCGCGACGAAGGCGACGCGCUCUGCCUGAAGUCGAUGCGCAUGUGUGAGCAGCACGCAAGAGAGGAUUUUCUCCCGGAAGGCGUCCCUACCGCCUCGCCGGUGGCCAUCCCGGCCGGCAGCCACGCCGUCUCCUUUGCGGACCGUCGCUGGACCGUUCUACCGGACUCCUUUUUCGUCUCGGCAGGAUCGCGCCCGCUCUACACACGGGACAAGACGACGCAACAGCGCAUUGUCGAUCCGCAAGGGCUGCAAGACGCCAUGCGAGCUGGGGCGCUUCUGUUGGAUUACGUUCCCCGGUCGGUGAAGAACGCGUCGACGUCGGCAGCAACCAUGGCAAGCGAAAGUGCGCAGCCGUAA